UUAUCUGCUUACAAAUUAGUAUCCCUGGAGAAAAAAAAAUGAAGUUGUUUCUAAUAUUUGCAUUCGUAUCGAGUUCCAUAUUCAACCAGUUCGGAUCUGUUAACUGCCAAAGUGCAGUAUACUCCGCACUCCUUAAAGCAUUGAAUAUUAAACUCGAAAAUGGUAGGGAUUUGGUGAGGAAUCUUAAACCAUUAUUCUCCCUUCCAUCUGAUGGUCUUAUAAGACUUCGAGGAAGAAGUAAAUUAAGUAGCGAUAAAUGGGUUGAAUCAUAUCUUCAAGAAGAGGCGACUUUCUCCUAUAUUCAUGUAGAGGAAAUGUGUAGGAAUAGAGUUAGUACCGAAGUCAAUAAUAAUCUUUGCGAUAGAUUAUGCGAUGUGCUCAAUGCUUAUAAGGGAGAUGUCAUAAAUAUUGGCAAGGUCUAUCAUGAUAUCUUCUUAGUGUACUCGUCCCAACCAAGUGUCCAUGAUAUAAACGGAUUCGAAUCAGCACUCAAUGAAUUCAAGAGAAAACAAUUUGAACGCGGGUCAGAGAUUAAUGGUGAAUUAGGAAGUAUGCAAACUAGAUACCAUCAAUUGGUGAAUGAAGUCAAUGCCGAAAUUGAUCAAUCAGUUACGCUGGUAAAACAAUAUUUGGCACAAGCAACAUCAUUCAAAUAUGAAUUGAAAAACCUUUUUUUGCAAACGAAGAAAAUUGAUGGAAGAAAGUUAUAUGAUUCUGCGCAAUUGGAUGUACUAAACACUGCACUGGCUGCACUAAGAGGAAAACAACUAGAAUUGACAACAUGCCUUCAAAAGCUACUAUCAGAUAUUCAAGAUUAUAACGAUCAACGCAUCGAAUGGGCUGGUUUUUUGUUGGAUACAACACUUCCACCAAGGCCACCAAACAAACUUGGAGUUAUGGGACAUUAAUGAAACAGCCAGGGGAGAGACACCAAGAAAAAAUUCCGAAUCCACUAUAUAAAUUACUAAUCCAGCUAUUCCACUAAUCCAGAAACACGAAUGUGAAAUCGAAACUAUUUUUCCUAUUCCAUGCAUUGUUUCGCUAUUCCAUUCACAGGCGUUGCUAUUUCAUUGCAAUUUCUCGAAUCUUUACACUAAAAGUCUAAUCCUAUUCCACGUGUCUGCCCCCUAGUGAAACAGUCCAAAAUUAUGAAUUGAAUAUCAAAAUAAAAAAAUAUAUGAUGAAAUCAUCAAAA